AUGAGUCUGCCUGAAGAAAGCAAGAAUCAUCUGGCAUCGGCUGUCGUAAGGGUUUUGGUGUGCAUUGUACUGAGUUUGUUGUUUGCUGUCGGAGUUCCUGGGAAUACCUUUGUGAUCUGGACCAUUUGUAGACAAAUGAAGCAACGGCCUCGGACCGUUGUGCUGAUCCUUAAUCUAGCCAUUGCUGACAUCCUGGUUCUUGUGACCUUGCCCAUCUGGAUUUAUUCUUUUGCCAAAGCCUGGCUCUUUGGGGUCACCGCUUGCAAGGCCCUAGCCUUUGUUGUUCACUGCAACAUGUACGCAAGCAUAUUCCUGAUCACAGCCCUGAGCUUGGAAAGGUUCAUGGCAGUCUUUCGCCCCUUGGCUGUUCAACGGAGGACAAACAAGAUGUCCACCCACUUAGUGAUGCUUCUCAUCUGGCUUCUCUCCAUUGCUUUCGGGGCGGCCAUCCUUCCCUUUCAAGAAACGGAGGAAACAGAGUCUGGCCUACAGUGUACCUCUCGCAGCUAUGCUGGGAACUCUCAGAUGCUGGCCUGUCUCUUGCUGGAGACGCUUGUGGGCUUUCUGGUCCCAUUUGCCAUAAUAGCCAUCUGCUACAUAUGCAUCGCCAAAAGAAUCAGCAACAUGACGGGCUCGCCAAAGCUACGCUCGACCAGGCUGGUCACUGCCGUAGUGGUGUCCUUUGCUCUCUGCUGGCUCCCCUACCAUAUCUUUAACCUAAUAUUUAUCGCUUCAGUCGUGAUGAAAGGUUCGGACGCAGAGGCAUCCGAAGCUCUGGAGGAGAUUGCGAGCAAGGGAACCUUCAUUGCAGGUUCAAUAGCGUUUCUUAGCAGCUGCAUAAAUCCCCUCCUCUAUGCCUUUGCGGCCAGGAACUUCCAAAGCAGCAUGAGAUUUACCAAGCUGUCCAAACUGUUUCAACAAAUGAGUCCAGAAACAAAGCAGGAAGCAACAAAUGAACUCUCUGCCGUAAAAGGAAAAGAGGAGACUUUGAUGAGCACAGAGACGAUUUAA